AUGACCACGCCCCGCUUUCUCCCGUCAUCGCCUCCCGGUCAAGCGAGGUCGGACCUCUACACAACAUUGGUCUCCUCUUCUCCUGAUUUGCCUUCGAUUAAUGAGCUGGUCUCGCGUUAUGCAAAGAAGCCAAAGCCGCUUCGAUCUGGCAGCAACGCUGCCUCGAUCCCCACAACCGCAACGACGACUUUCACCACUGCAGCCAAGUUGCUACAGUCAGCGCAAGCAGAACAAGCCGAUUUAGUCGAAACCCUGCCUCCACCGAGGGCAAAAACAAAAGCCAAGCCGAAACAAAAAGAUCCACCCGAGGUCGUUGAUCUGUCGCCAGAUCUUCCGGUCAAUAUACCGGAGCCUCAGCCUGAGAGGCGCAAGGCUAGGAAAACUGCAAAUGGAGUGACUAAGAAAAAAAGGGGGGGAGGGGAGGAGUCGGUUGCAGAUGAUGCUACAAAUGAGAUCACAACGCCAACAAAAAAUCAACCUUGGAAAUUUUUCAAAUCCCCUUCGCCAAGAACAACUUCCGAUCUGGAGAUUACUGGUUUUCAAGAAGUGGCCGCCACAACUGCACCUGUGACAACAAGCACUACGGACCUAACAAAGGGCACAGCUUCUGCUCAAAACAAAGUGACCAAGUCGAGAGUACGGAAAACAUCAUCAGCAGCCUCUCGGAAAAAGAAAGCCGAGACUGUAAGUAGGCACUUUGCUGUACCUGAUGACGUCUCGACUGCUCCAGAACCCAUCACAGUCCCCGACGAUGCUCCUGAGGAGCAGUUGUUCAACCUUGAGCCGGCAGUCGCGAGGCGCUUGGAUUGGACACCUCCACGCGAGACAAACACGGCGGAUCUUUGUCCUGUCUCAUCCAACGCCAAGGAAGUCACAUCGACCUUGGACGGCGCCCUUUCUGCAGCUCCGGCGGCUGUCCAAAACGUUUUCCUUACACUACAAGACAAGUUUGCCUAUCCCGUAGAACAGGUCGCAAGACGACCAGACUCGCCAAGCAAAGAACUGGGCCCGCCGCCAGAAGUAAUCAAGAAACGAAAAGUGAUACAGCUUGUUGGGCCCUCAAAUGAUAGUAAAAUUCCCAACCAAGCGUCUCCAGUCAAGUCAAAGGCACCCAAAAAGAAACCGAGGACCAUCACAGAUCUUGCCACAGCAGCAUACACAACUGAGGGCAAGCAGUCAAAUGCCCCAGCCAAGAAAGGGACUCUUACAAGCUAUCUUGAAGGGCAAGGGGAGCAAGUCUUUCAACACUGCCACCCAGAUUCCAGAUUACGAAAGCCGGAAAGGAAAAGAAAGCCAAAGGGGCGUGGGCAGGUGCUCUUAUCUCCUCUGUCAGCAAUUGAUCAAUCCGCACGACAAGACUUUGUCUUUGGGACUUCAAGUCAAUUAGCACAGGAGCAUUCGCCGACUUUUCUGAGAGAUCUACACGCCGCACUCAGGCAGUCGAACGACUUUAGCGACGAUCCGUUCGCGAGUCCUAUAAUGGCAGCGCCACAGGGCCGAAAAUUGUGGACUGCGGGAGCUCGUGGUGAAGAGGGCGAUCUUAUGAACAUCGAAGUCAUUGAUCUGGUCGACUCUCCCGCCUUCCCGGAUGAUCCCGAUGCUAUAGUUCGUGCAGAGAUGCAGAAAAGCCCCAGCAGGUCUGAACCUAAAGGUAUCAAGAACAGACGAACCCCGAUGGUCAACCUCGAUUCCUCCGAAAUUGACAUUUCAGAACCACAUGCUCGAGAUUUAGAAUCAGCCAACUCAGCUGAGCACACAUUAAAAACCCAGGCCUCAAAAUCUACACAUUUUGCGUCUACCACACCACCUAGACCUACUAAAAUUACAAUGGUUCCAGCAUGUGAAAAUACUGCAGAACCCCCUAUAGUCGCAUCAGAUGUUGAUUCAGACAACGAACCUCCUCCGAGCAAUCAGCAGGCCUAUCAGAUGCCUCCACCGCCUAGACCGGUCGUACCUGAGGAGACCGCGAUUCCUCGGCCCAACUUUGAGGUUAUGACAGAUACCCAAUUGUCGAAGCAGGUUUCCAGCUACGGAUUCAAGUCAGUCAAGAAACGAUCUGCCAUGAUCGCGUUACUCAAUCAGUGCUGGGAAAGCAAAGCCGGAGCAACGGGUGCGGCAGGCCAAUCUAGUGCUUUUGCCACUACGAGCCGAACGUCGGCCCCUCGCGGGCCUCGUGGGAAGACGAGUACUGCUGCAGCUGCGGCCAAGUCACCAACCAAAAGGCCUGUAGGUCGGCCGAGAAAAAACAGCGUCGGAGCAUCUGGUGACGUAACAGUAGUUGAAGCCACGACACCAGUCAAACGACCCCGCGGCAGGCCUAAAAAGAACGCAAAAGCGGAGGCUAGUCCAGAUAUGAUGCAGAACAUAGCCGCGUCUAUGCCACCCACGGUGGCUGCCGCAGUUAAAACGCCUCGGCGGCGCAAAAAGGCAGCAACGCAACCGGCGGUGGAGAUUUUGGAUUCGGAUGGUGAGGCUGGACUUUCCCCCAGCCCAUCGUUGUCCCCGGAACCAGUCUUUUCUUCCCCAGAGAAGGACAGUGUCGACGUUUCAAUAGGAGAACACACAACGAUGUCGCUCGCGGUUACACCUACCGCUCAACAGGCCGAGCUGUUCACACGCAUCACACGUGCAGUGAAGAGUGCACCGCGGUCGACGGAUCCUGAUAAACCAUCGUGGCACGAAAAGAUGCUCAUGUAUGAUCCAAUUGUUCUGGAGGAUUUGGCGGCUUGGCUAAAUUCUGGGCAAUUGGACCGUGUAGGCUAUGAUGGGGAGGUUGCACCUGCUGAUGUAAAGAUGUGGUGCGAAAGCAAGAGUAUUUGCUGUUUGUGGCGCAUGAGUUAUCGCGGAAGGGAGAGAAAACGACUAUGA